CUUGGGUCAGGCUGUGACGUGUGUUGCUGGGGGAGAGAUAUAGAAAAAAAAAAGUUGAACGAUAUCAGAUUUUGGUUUUUUUUUUUUUUUUUAUUCUAUCCCCCCCCACCCCUGCUUCACGCCUAUUAGGCUUGCCGCCGGGGAAAUCCUUCACCACGCCGCCGCUUACGAGGAAGAGGAAAGCGGCUGAGGCGGCGAUUGACGACGACUCCAGGUGCUCCAACGCCGCCACCGAGGCCUCCAGUGAUCCCGGCCUCACGGUCCUGGACAACAAGAAGCAGAAACACAGCCACGGUCAGGUCCCGUGCGAGUUUCCAGCGUCGUUGAGGAAGAAAGGGUCUGAUCUCGCCACUCCUCCUGCCACCACCACUGCCAGCAUGGAUUCGGACGAUGACUUUAUGAGUGAUGCUUCGAGUCAGGACUUCCUUGAUACCCAAGGGAGCGAUGACGAGAGUCUCGAAGACUUUGGCGAAGAGCUUGACGGCGGAUUCUCCCAAGAUAAAGACAUUAUAGCACACUCCAAAAAGCCCUACGAGGUCGACUUCAAAGUGCUGGGCCCGGAUGAUAUUGUCCGCGAACAAAACCAGCAGGUGGUGGAAGUCUCGGCAAUCCUGGGGCUGCCGCCGGAGUCGGCGGCAAUCCUCCUGCGGUUCGGCCGAUGGAACCGGGAGAAGCUGAUAGAAUCAUAUAUGGACCAUUCCGAAAGGAUACUGGAGGAGGCCGGACUGGGGACGACCGUCGAGUUCACGCCGCAUACCCAGGUCAUCUCGGGUUUCAUGUGUGACAUCUGCUGUGAGGAUGGGGACGACAUAGAGACGUACGCGAUGCGAUGCGGGCAUCGCUUCUGCGUCGAAUGCUAUCGACAUUAUCUGUCGCAGAAGAUCAAAGAAGAAGGUGAGGCGGCUAGGAUCGAGUGCCCGGCGGAGGGGUGCCACCGUAUUGUCGACUCGAAAUCGUUGGGUUUGCUCGUCACGGACGAUCUGAAGGAUAGAUAUCAAACGCUCCUUACUCGGACCUAUGUCGAUGAUAAAGAGAACCUCAAGUGGUGUCCUGCGCCCAAUUGCGAAUACGCGAUUGACUGUCACGUCAAGCAGCGCGACCUCCAGCGUAUUGUGCCCACCGUGGAAUGUCUCUGCAAACACCAUUUCUGUUUUGGCUGCACGCUCAACGACCAUCAACCCGCCCCGUGCACGCUAGUCAACAUGUGGCUUAAGAAGUGCGAGGACGAUUCGGAGACGGCCAACUGGAUCUCUGCCAAUACCAAGGAGUGUCCUCGCUGCCACUCGACUAUCGAGAAGAACGGGGGUUGCAACCAUAUGACCUGCCGAAAAUGCAAGCACGAGUUCUGUUGGAUGUGCAUGGGGCUAUGGUCCGAGCACGGCACCAGCUGGUACAACUGCAACCGCUACGAGGAGAAAUCCGGGUCCGAGGCGCGCACCGCGCAGGCACGCUCGCGCGCAUCCCUGGAGAGAUACCUGCACUACUACAAUCGAUAUGCAAACCACGAGCAGUCGGCGAAGCUGGACAAGGACCUGUACCUGAAAACGGAAAAGAAGAUGACCAGUCUUCAGUCGCAAUCCGGCCUGUCCUGGAUCGAGGUGCAGUUCUUGGACACGGCAUCACAGGCGCUACAGCAGUGCCGGCAGACAUUGAAGUGGACCUAUGCCUUUGCCUAUUACCUUGCACGCAACAACCUCACCGAGAUUUUCGAGGACAAUCAGAAGGACCUAGAGCUUGCUGUCGAAAGUCUUAGCGAGAUGUUCGAAAAACCGGUGCCCGAGCUGGCUAAGCUCAAGGUGGACAUCCUGGACAAGACGGCGUAUUGUAAUAAGCGCCGCGUGAUCCUCUUGUCUGAUACCGCAGAGAAUCUGAAGAAUGGGGAAUGGAAGUUCAAUGUCGAAUGGUAGUAUCUUUCGGAAGAUUUCCAGGCGUUUACCUGGUGAUGAUGAUAUUUUUUUUUCUUAUGACGUGAAUGAAUACAGGCCUUCUUAUU